UCUUUUCUUUGCUUCAGAAUAGACAAACAUCCGUUUCAAUAGAUUCUCAUCUCUGAGUUACGAUUCUCUCUCCUCUCUCUCUCUCUCUCUCUCUCUCAUGGCAAAUCAACCGUCUUCUUACCCAAUUCUAUGCGCCUCCUUCAAUCAGGACGCUAGUUUAUUUGCAAUAGGCACGAGAGAUGGUUUCCGAAUAUUUGAUUCCAAUAAUGGAAGGCUAUGCUAUGAACGUGCUCUUGGUGCAUUCAAUAUUGUUGAGAUGCUAUUUAGCUCUAAUCUUGUUGCCAUUGUUGGAGCUGGCGAACAGCCAUCUUUAUCCCCACGUCGUCUUUGCUUGUUUAAUACAAUGAGUGGAAAUGCUCUUAGAGAACUGAAUUUUUUAACUUCAAUACUAGCUGUUCGCAUGAAUAGGAAAAGACUUGUUGUACUACUGCAAGAUAAGACAUACAUAUACGACAUAAAUAGUCUCACAAUCUUGGACAGGAUUGAUACAGUACCAAAUUCAAAAGGAACCUGUGCAUUCUCCCCUAGUUUGGACGGUUGCUUCUUAGCUAUUCCAGCCAGCAUCACGAAGGGAUCUCUGUUGCUGUACAAUGUCAUGGAGCUUCAGUUGCACUGCGAGAUAGAUGCUCAUCGUGCACCGCUGGCCACAAUGGUCCUUUCUUCAAAUGGGAUGUACAUAGCAACAGCAUCAGAACAAGGAACUAUGAUUAGAGUGCAUCUGGUAUCAGAAGCAACUAAGCAGUCAUAUAGUUUCCGCAGAGGAUCAUAUCCAUCAACUAUAUUUUCCUUGUCUUUUGGGCCAUGUUCUCAAGUUCCAGAAAUUCUGGUGGCAACUAGUUCCUCUGGUUCUGUUCAUGUUUUUCCUCUUGGAUUUGCUAUAAACCAAAGAAGCAGCAGAAGAUCAGGUGGCUUUCUUGGAUCGAUAAUGCCUGACUCAAUAAGUGAUAAACUAGAUCCAGCGCAUCAUCACAUAGUUCAUAAUGCUAUACCAGCAGGAAUCAAAAGCUAUGCAGUGAUACGUAAGGUCGACAGGGUUUCUGACACUUCAAGUUCUGAAACUGUAGCUUGCAGGGCCACAUUAGCAAUCAUAACCUACAAUGGUUACUUCCAGGAGUACACCUUAAGUCUCAAUGACCAGAACGAGUUCUCGAGAAGUCUGGACCAUGAAUUCAAUCUUAUGACCACAAUCACCGACAACGACGUUAGGUUAUGAGUUUGUUUGCUCUAUGGAAGCCAAGAGAGUUCAGAAAGGUUGUCCAUUAUGACAACAAAUGACACCGUUGCUGGUGAGAGCUUCCAAUCAACCAACCUAUCGAAUAAACUCAUAAAAAAUUAUAUGAGAAAAUACAACAGUAGAGUUAAUUAAAAUACAACAGCGUAGGUAAAAGUUCUUACAAAAUUCAGUAAAUAGAAAAGAAAAUACAACAGUAGAGUUAAUUAAUAGUGUGGUCUAUAGUCAUGGCAUGAAGUAUGUAAAUUAAAAAAUGAUAUGUGCUCUAUUAUUUUGCUAAGUUAUCGAUUAUUUAUUUAUUAUUAUUAUUA